AUGCCAGAGACACCGUUCUGCCUCAGAGUUGGACACCUUCUCCCCUACUCCAUGGCAGAUUCCAACACAACCGACUUCACCAACCCCUUCACCUUCAUCCUGCUGGGCAUUCCUGGCCUGGAGACAGCCCACAUCUGGAUCUCCAUCCCCUUCUGCACCAUGUACAUCAUAGCCAUCUUGGGGAACUUUUCCAUCCUUUUCAUUGUGAAGAGGGAGCCAAGCCUCCAUGAGCCCAUGUACUAUUUCCUCUGCAUGAUGGCUGUCAGCGACUUGGUCCUGUCUACAUCUACCCUGCCCAAAAUGCUGAGCAUCUUCUGGUUCAAUUCCAGGGAGAUCGGUUUCAGUGCCUGUCUCACCCAGAUGUACUUCGCUAACUGCUUGUUAGUGGUGGACUGUGGGAUCCUCGUGGCCAUGGCUUUGGAUCGCUAUGUGGCCAUCUGCCAUCCCCUGAGACAUUCCGCCAUCCUGACAAACUCUAUGGUGGCAAAGAUUGGCCUGGCCGUGAUGCUGCGCGGCGGCAUAAUCGUUCUGCCCUAUCCCUUCCUGGCAAGGCAAGGGCCAUAUUGCAGAACCAACAUUAUCCCCCACUUGUACUGUGAGCACAUGGCCGUGAUGAAGCUAGCCUGUGCCGACAUCCGUGUCAGUAGUUACUAUGGACUCUUUGUGGCACUCUUGGUGGUUGGUCUGGAUAUGAUUUUUAUCACUGUGACCUACACCCGGAUUCUCAGGGCCAUCUUCAGCCUCCCCACAAAGGACGCCCGGCUCAAGACUUUUGGGACCUGCGGCUCCCACCUCUGUGUCACUUUAGCCUCUUACAUCCCAGGUCUCUUGUCUUUCCUCAUGCACCGGUUUGGCCAGAAUGUGGCCCUGCAUUUCCACAUUCUCAUUGCCAACGGGUACCUGCUCAUGCCCCCAGUGCUACACCCCAUCAUUUAUGGGGUGAGGACCAAACAGAUCCGCGGGAGGCUGCUCCAGCUACUUACUCAUAAAGGGAUCUAA